GCUCUUCAUGACGUGCCUUUGAUAAGAGGAGAAACGCAGAGGAGUGAGACCGCCCCAGAGCCGCGGGAUGGGACUGGUGGAGAGAACCGACUCAGUGCUGUAGAGAGACAAGGAGACACCCAGGGCCAGGGAGACUGAAUCAUGAACUGACUGGGAAGACACUGAGACUAGUGGCAGCAGCGUUGGGUGCGGAGCGAUGGAGCCCCAGGGUCCCCCCAUGCUCACCCCGUCCCCCACGGAGAAGCGGCGCGCCUGGGUGAGGAGCAGCCGCCACCGGCUCACUCUGGAAGAGGGGGUGAUCCUGCAAGCUUGUGAACCCCAACUCGAUGAGGUCUUCCUGGAAGGAAGCACAGCUGGAAAGAUUGAGAGCUGGCUGCAGGAUUGUGGGUCGGCCACAGAGUUCUUCCCUGAAGACCCGAUCAAUAGAGCCGCUGAAUCUUUCCUGAAAACUGGAUACAGUUUAGAAGAUGACCUGACUUUAGGAGCAGAAGCGAUCGUAUUAAACCGAGCUAAAGAUGAACCAACGCUGGGACAUUAUUCGUUGCUGCCACCUCCAAGAGCUCGAGGGAAACAGAACAGAGAGAAGGUUCCUCCGGGCUCUCUGACAGAGAAGAUGACUCAGUUCCAGUUCAUGAGCCUGGGAAACAGCAUGGCCUCCAGUGGACUGUCGAGUGGGACCAGUAAGACCGCGUCCAGCGUGUCGGAGAUCCUGGAGCUGUGCUCGGAGGAUGCCGAGGAGACCCUCUAUAACCUGGGCUUCGGGCAGGAUGAGCUGGCGCUCCCGGCCAGGAUUCCCACCAGAUUCUUCAACUUCCCGUCCAGCCUCCGGGGGAUCAACUUCCGACUGUUCCUGGAGUCGCAGCUGCAGCGCGUGCGUGAGGAGGACCCCGGCCUCUCCCUGGCCAGUCGAUUCCGGCAGGUGGAGGUCCUCACCACCAUGGCCAACGCCUUCUACUCCCUCUACUCCCACGUCUCCAAGACCCCCGUCCAGAAGCUGGCCCCUCCGGAGUUCUCCUUCUCCUCUCCCACGGAGAAGAUCAGCCAGCGGUUCAACAGCGUCCGCAGCGAGCCCCGCUCCCCCGUGGACAGACUCAAGGACACCAUCUCCAAGAUGUGCCUGUACACUGGCUCCAGGGAGUCCCUGGGCUCCCCGGGGCCCUCCCCUCGAGCCAGCCCCAAGAAGAGGCGCAGCAUGCCCAACGUGGUGGAGAUGAUCCUGGGGACGUCCGAGGCAGGAACCCCAACGCAGCUGAGCAGGGCCGGGUUCAGGCCAGACCCCGUGGACGAACUUUCAAGCUCCGUUUCUGUAGAGGGUUCUAGAACCCCCAUCACGGGCUGUGCUCUAGAACCUCUCCGGUGUUCUGAACCAGGAAAGUUCUGCCAGGAUGUUAUCUGCCCUCUAAUUGUGGAAACGGUGCACAAAGAACCCUUUGCUUGUCUGGUUCAUACUGAGAUGGUAGGAACUGCUGGAUCUGUGGGUUUGACUCUGCGGUCUAGAGUCUGCCUUGGUUCGGGUAAGACAACUGGCACAGGAGAGGGGUCCAGCGAAGAGCCCGUCACUGUGAAGGCUGACAGAUGCCUGAAGGAUGGGUGCUUUUCACAGGGCGCUCAGUCGUGCACAGAGAGGGGUACCAGGACUUCUGAAGAUGUUUCUAGGGAUCCUGAGGCAAUCCUCGACCCAGUCUGCAGGAUAACCGUCAACGGCACGGAGGGAGAUUUGGUUGAGGAGCUGGAGCUCUCCGAGAUUGUCGUGGAGCCGUUUGGGGACAGCGAGGGGAGCGGAACCAGUGCAAAGCUAAAAGAAUCCUCCUCGUUCCCGGGGUAUUUGAGUCCUGCCAAGGAGGGAGCUCACACCUUGAAGCAAGAGAACUCUUUCGAGAUGGAGGAGGUUCAGAGCACUGGUGAAGAUGACAUCAGCCUAUCAGAGGCCAGGAAUCAGAUGACCUCAUCUCCUCUGGCAUCUGUGACUAUGAGACACAGAGAGGUAUUCUUACUGCAACACAUCCUUCAAGCCCUGAUUUCAAGAGUGACCUUCAUACUGUUGAUCUGAUGGACAACGACACCUGUGCCUUCUACCAGUUCUGCUGUCAAUUCAACGCUUGUCUUCUUUCUAUUCCUUCAGGAUAUUAUCUUCAAGUAUCACUCAUCCUUGUUAGACAGCUUUUUUGGGUCUUCCAGUCCUGGGUUUGUCAAUGACAGAUGAUGUUUCUCUGUGCCUGUUGAUUAUGCUUCGGAUACCACACCUUGAAAAUCGAGUGAUGCGAGCUAUUUCACUCAAUGUUUUUCCUUCUUUAUGCAAGUCAAGGUUGUUAUAAUAGUAGAAACACUAGUGGAGGCUUUGAGUAAAAUGUUGAUGCUCAUAAUGCAUCAGAGUAGAAAAAUGCAACAUGUCUAAGACUUUUGCACAGCAGCAUAUAUACAGUAUAUUUAUCAACACCCACACCCAUAAACCUUCCCUUUGCACAUCAUUUCCUAAUAUUCAGAGCCAGGGGAAGUGACACUGUGUAGAAUCUCUUACAAGUUACACAGAAACCUUAAUCAGAGAGGAAACUGGGUUGGUAAACAGGAAACGAGGCGCAUGCAAAACCUUGGUUAAAAAAAAUAUCUACCACUUUUCCUUUUAGAUGUGAUUCUGCGAGGGGACAGCAUGCAGUCAGACAGCAGUGGCUUUGUGGAGGAUGACCUUCAGAACCAGGGUCAGAACUAGAAGCAGAGCAGACCCAGAACCAGAGCUAAGCAUGCCGGUUCUGUUUCCCAUGUGGAUCGGAACCCGGCACAACUCCUAAGGAUCUGGGUCUGGUACCAGCUGCUUCGAGACCCAAGAAGAGAAACUAAACAGGUUCAAUGAAAGACGUUAAGUCACUGAAAACGUUUGCUGUUGAAUUUCUGACGUUUCUUUCAGCAUUUGUUCUUUCUGUACAAUUUGCACACCAGCGCUGUCAAAUUGACAUGCUGCUGUAGAAGCUGUUCUCUGCACGGAAAGGAUUGCACAAUGUUUUAUUAGUGCUUGCCGCUGAUUGUGAGAUAUAUUUUUCUAUUCCUGUUCUGAAGAGAAGUGUGGUGUUCUAUUUAUUUAUAGAAAUGAAUAAAGAGUGUAUUUAUAAU